CAUGCUUUCUUCACACGCUCCCUUUAAUUUCAUUUACCACCAAAUUUACUUCAUUUUCUGCCACGCUUCCUUACAUCAUUAUUCUCCCCUGUUACUACUACUUCUUUAGCCCAUUUAAACUCCAAAAAAAAUUACACAACUGAAAACCGUGCGUACGCAAUUUUUCUUCCCAUAUUGGUGAUUGAAUUUCUCUGUGGAAUCUUCUGCAUCGGUGAGUGUGUAGACUGUCAGAGUUCUCUCUGUUUUCAUUCCUUUAUUAUUGCUUGACAAGUCAGUUUUGGAGUAAUCAAUCAUCUUCUUCUAUUCAUCUUUAACUUCACGCAGAAAAUUGAAACUAAAUUUUGUGCUUUUUGAUUUAGUUUGCACUCUGUAUUAUCAAUCGAUCGACCGACCGGCGGGUGUCUGAGUUUAAGAUGGGGAAUUGCCAAGCGGCAGAGGCAGCAACAGUAGUGAUUCAACAUCCAGGCAAUAAAAUUGAGAGGAUUUAUUGGUCUAUAAGUGCACAUGAAGUCAUGAGUUCGAAUCCUGGCCACUACGUCGCCCUUGUUAUCACUUCUCCAACUGAGAGAACACACAAUGGUUCGCCCGUCAGGCAGCUUAAGCUUCUCCGCCCCGGUGAUACUUUGCUUCUUGGACAAGUUUAUCGACUCAUCAGCUUCGAAGAUGUACUAAAAGAGUUUGCUGCAAAAAAGUGUGUGAAACUUGGCAAGUUACUCAGGGAAAGUGGAGGCCUUGUUCUCGAUUCAAAGAAAAUCUCCGUCGAUUCUUCAGCAGUGAAAAACAAGCCCAAAAUGGUGAAUGGAAUCCCAGCUAAGAUGGAACAUGAAACUUAUCAACAUGGAAGCAGUAGCAGUAGCAGUAGCAGUAGCAGCAGUGGGCAAAGAAGUAUGGGAAGACAUCAUGGUGGUGGGGGGCAAUGGAAACCAGCCUUACAGAGUAUUGCAGAGAUUGGAACUUGACCUAUACCCACCAUAAAGCACGUCUACACUUCCCUAGCUACCAUGGCUAAACCUUUUCCAAAAGGGAUAAGAAAAGAUAGCAACUCAAUUGUCCCGAGCUACUAGUAAUUAGUUUAGAAAAGUACUACAAUGGAGAUGAAUGUUUGACGGAUUCGCUCUGAAGAAUUGCAUCUACUUAGUACCUGCUUAUUUUCAAGUUUCACGUAAUUAAAAUAAUUACCAUACUGGUCUUAGCUUACCUAUAAUUAUC